CAGAUGCUCCAAAACCGGAAGUACACCGAAAUAGACGCAAUAAAGUGGAAACUCUGAGAUAUUGCUACAGCAACAUGCAAUAGGAGGGUCGACACAGUUAAGCCUUUUGACGUUUUUUUCAGAGACGCCGAUAUACAGUUGGUAUUUGGCGACAUCGUACAUAGUUAUCAGCGUGGACGAAAUGUCAAGAGUUUUUAAUCCUGGUUACUAGCUAGCUAAACUGUUGUUGAUUUACCAGUCGUCCAUAUACCUAGCUAGCUAGCCAGCCAGCCAGCCAAUGAGGAUACAUAUCAAAUGUUACCACGGUAUUAGCUACAAACGAGAUAAUUAAGUUAACGUUUUCUAAAUAACGCUAAAUUAAAUGUGCACUACGCAUAAAUCGCUGCGCCAUUUCCUGCUUGCUUGCUAAAAUUCUAAUAGUUCGCCUAAUUUCAGUUUGUGAUAACAGAAUCAGUGUACCAUAUAAACCGUCGAUAAAUAUAUUUUCAAUAACCAAAAAACAUAGUAUUUAUCUGUUUGAAGCUGGUGUAUUGAACUGAAAGUAAAAAAGAAAAUGUAAAACGGGAAGGAAAGAUAUAGCGCACACAACAUAUCUACCGCUUCUUGGACUUUCGAAUUACAUAUCUAUUACUUAAAUUUCUAUGUGUAUUUUGGUGGGGUCUUCCAAAAAGUGACAUUUCAUCUUUAAAUCACUAGUUGAUAAAAGAAUCUCUCGAAAUAGGUGUUCACUCAAUACGUAUUUAUCUGAACUUUCCAAAGUGGCAAACCUUGCACCAGUCAAUAUGCCUUUGCUGUUUUUGGAGAGAUUUCCAUGGCCCAGUUUGCAGACAUACACAGCUCUGAGUGCUGUAUUUCUCGCUGGAUCAAUAUUGAGUGGCUACUGGACUGUCCCAGAGCCAGUAGAGUACACACAGACACAGAGCAGUUCUCCUGUAGAAAGUGAUGAUGUUGAUGAGGACCCAAUCACCAGCCUUAGCGAUGUGGCAGCCACUGUCCGGUUGUACCUGGUCUCAGACACUGUUUUUGUUUGGGUGAUGGUGAAUACAGCCUGUUGUGUCCUGAUGCUGAUUGCAAAGAUGAUCCAGUGCAUUGUCUUUGGGCAGCUCCGUGUCAGUGAAAAACAGCACCUAAAGGACAAGUUCUGGAACUUCAUCUUCUACAAGUUUAUCUUCAUCUUCGGGGUGCUCAACGUUCAGACGGUGGAGGAGGUGGUGAUGUGGUGUCUGUGGUUUGCUGUCCUCGUCUUCAUGCACCUCAUGGUCCAGCUCUGCAAGGACCGCUUUGAAUAUCUGUCAUUCUCACCCACCACUCCUAUGGACAGCCAUGUGAGGGUUCUGACCCUGCUGGUGGGUAUGCUGCUGACCUGCUGUGGCUUGGCUCUGCUCUGUGGGCUCCUGGGAAAUCCCCACGGCGUACACACCGUCACCUUCAUGGCCGCUGAGUGUAUGCUGGUGUCCGUUAGAACUGGACAUGUCAUUAUCCGGUACUUUAUCCACCUGUGGGACUUGAACCAUGAGGGCACCUGGGAGAGUAAAGGAUCCUACGUUUACUACACUGACUUUGUGAUGGAGCUGGCUCUACUGGGGCUGGACCUUAUGCACCACAUCCACAUGCUGCUGUUUGGUAACAUCUGGCUCUCUAUGGCCAGCCUGGUGAUCUUCAUGCAGCUGCGUUACCUGUUCCAUGAGGUGCAGAAGAGAAUCCGUCGCCACAAGAACUACCUCCGUGUCAUCAACAACAUGGAGGCCAGGUUUGCUGUGGCCACCUCUGAUGAGCUGGUAGCGAACAAUGAUGACUGUGCUAUCUGCUGGGACUCCAUGUUGACAGCACGCAAGCUGCCCUGUGGACAUCUCUUCCACAACUCUUGCCUGCGUUCCUGGUUGGAGCAGGACACGUCGUGUCCCACGUGCCGUAUGUCUCUGAACAUCAGCGAGGGGGCUGGAGGAGAGAGAGAGGAGAGGCAGCCAAUGCUGGAAGACAACAUGGGCCCUGGAGGCCCCGGGCCAGAUGCAAGGCAACACCUCAACCAACACAACCACUUCUUCCACUUUGAUGGUUCUCGCAUUGCCAGCUGGCUGCCCAGUUUCUCUGUGGAAGUGAUGCACACAACCAACAUCCUGGGAAUCGUACAACAGGCCAACAACUCCCAGCUCAAUGCCAUGGCCCAUCAAAUCGGGGAGAUGUUUCCGGAGGUUCCCUACCAUCUUGUGCUGCAGGAUCUGCAGCUGACCCGCUCUGUAGAGGUCACCACUGACAACAUCCUGGACGGACGCAUUGUGGUUCCUUUCCCCAUACAGCCUGUGGAUCACUCCGCCUCCCAGGUCAACCUCUCCCCACAAGAUGUGGGUGGGGCCAGCGGGAGUUCAGAGUUCGUGACCCCCGAGGUGGAGGACUUUGAGGUCAGAGGCAGCCGCUUCUCCAAGUCAGCCGAGGAGAGACAGAAGAUACUGCUACAGAGGAAAGAUGAGCUACUGCUACGAGCACAGAGGAGAUAUCUGAGCAAGAGCCCAGAGGAAAAUGCUGCUGCUAUGAACGACGAUGAUGAGUACGAUGAAGGUCUGCCCUCUCUUGAGGAUGACAUCCCAGCAGGCUCAGUUUUAGACUCUAUGACCCUGCGACGCAGAAAGUUAGCGGCAGCUGCUGAGCGCCGCAUGCACACUUACAAGUGAAGAGGCUGGACUGGGAACUAGGGCCGGGAUGAUACCAGUAUUACCAUACUUGUUAGUAUCAUGGCAAGGAAACCAAACACAAAGCGGAAUUAACUUUAGGAAAACAUCCCUAAUGUUGGAAUCAAAUGUAAUUGUGUUGUCAUCCAGAGUCACAUGUAUUUAUUUUCCAAGCUGUAGCAAACAAUAUCUCGCAUACAGCAGGUUAUUAAAAGACCAGAGUUAGAUCUGCUUCGUGUUUUGGUCAUGGACAUUUUUUUUGUGAUACUGGUAUUGUCUCAGCCCUAGUGGGAACCAGUAAGAUUUAUACUUGUUAUGACAGGUCUCACUGUACCACCAAACCUGCCCCUCUAAAGUCCAUCUAGGGCUGGAGUAAGUAACCUACUACUGAAUAGACUGUCUAUCUGUUAAAUUAACCUGAGAAAGCAUGAUUACAUUUUUUUUCCCACCCUGUGUUUUAAACAUGAGAUCCCAGGCUUUGUCACAAUGGACCGUGAGCCCCAUAGGAGGGCGCACAAUUCGCCCAUCACUGUCUGGGGGGGUAGGGGAGGGUUUGGCCGGUGGGGCUUUCCUUGGCUCAUCAUGCUCUAGCAACUCCUUGUGAUAGGGCCGGGCAACUGCAAGCUGAAUCCCGUUGUCAAUUGAACAUAUUGGUGCGGCUGACAUCCAGCUCAAGCAGGCGGUGUGGUAAGAAGGCAGCCAGCCAGGCGGGUCAUGUUUCGGAGGACUCAUGACUUGGCCUUUGCCUCUCCCGAGCCCAUUGAGGAGUUGCAGAGAUGCCAAGGGACCUAAUUCGGGGAGAAAACUAGGUUAAAAAAAACUGCUUGUGGCCAUAACACCCAGAACACGCCUGUUCAGGGUUAGGCCUGGUUAGUACUGAGACGGGAGACUGCCUGCCAAUACAUUAUUAGACAGAAAUCUGUAUUGUCCACAUUUCUGCUCUUAUCUCUACCAUGAAGAAACAUUGAACAGACAGUCUCCAUCUACUUUCUGAUACUGCAGAGUCUAGUACAGUUUGAUGUAGGAAAGAUUUAUUUUCUGUCCUGAAUACAUAUAUAGGCGCACAUACUCUUUACUUUUCAGGAAAAAUGUUCAGUUCCAUUGCCUUGUGUAUUGAUAGUGUACCACUAUGAUUCAUAGCUAAAAGCCACAUUUGAAUUUGUAUUAUAAGGAGUUGAAAUAUGAAUUGAUUCUUUGUGUACAUGCGUAGAUGGCAUAGGUAGCAUUUAGAUUGUCUUCAUGAUUCUUCAAAACCUUGGGUAAAGGCUUUAGCUGGAUCACACUUUAUUUGAAUGGUACUGACCUACAGUGCCAUCGGAAAGUAUUCACACCCUUUUACUUUUUCCACAUUUUGUUAGGUUACAGCCUUAUUAUAAAAUUGAUUCAAUAGUGUUUUUUUCCCUUGUCAAUUUAUACACAAUACCCCAAAUAAAAAACAGAUAUCACCUUUACAUAAGUAUCCAGACACUUUACUAAGUACUCUGUUGAAGCACUUUUGGCAGCAAUUACAGCCUUGAGUCUUCUUGGGUAGGACGCUAAAAGCUUGACACACCUGUAUUUGGGGAGUUUCUCCCAUUCCUCUCAAGCUCUGUCAGGUUGGAUGAAGUGUUGCCGCACAGCUAUUUUCAGGUCUCUCCAGAGAUGUUCAACUGGGUUCAAAUCCGGGCUAUUUUUGGGCCACUCAUGGAUAUUCAGAGACUUCACUCCUGCAUUUUCUUGGCUGUGUGCUUAUGGGUCGUUGUCCUGUUGGAAGGUGAACCUUUGCCCCAGUCUGAGGUCCUUAGCGCUCUGGAGCAGGUUUUCAUCAAGGAUCUCUCUGUACCUUGAUCUGUUCAUCUUUUCCUCGAUCCUGACUAGUCUCCCAGUCCUAACCGCUGAAAAAUAUCCCCACAGCAUGAUGCUGCCACCACCAUGCUGCCAGGUUUCCUCCAGACAAAUCUUGUUUCUCAUGGUCUGAGAGUCUUUUAGGUGCCUUUUGACAAACUCUAAGCGAGCUGUCAUGUGCCUUUUACUGAGCAGUGGCUUCCAUCUGGCCGCUCUACCAUAAAGGUCUGAUUGGUGGAGUGCUGCAGAGAUGGUUGUCCUUCUGGAAGGUUCUCCCAUCUCCACAAAGGAACUCUGUCAGAGUGACCAUUGGGUAACAGUCUUGUUAGUUCCAAACUUCUUCCAUUUAAGAAUGAUGGAGGCCGCUGUGUUCUUGGGGCCCUUCAAUGCUGCAGAAAUAUUUUGGUACCUUUCCCCAGAUCUGUGCCUCAACACAAUUCUUUCGACCUCAAGGCUUGGUUUUUGCUCUGAUAUGCACUGUCAACUAUAGGUCCUUAUAUAGACAGGUGUGACUUUCCAAAUCAUGUCCAAUCAAUUGAAUUUACCACAGGUGGACUCCAAGUUCUAGAAACAUCUCAAGGAUUAUCAUUGGAAACAGGAUGCACCUGAGCUCAAUUGAGUCUCAUAGUAAAGGGUCUGAAUACUUAAGGUAUUUCUGUUUAAAUGUUUUUAUAAAUUUGCAAACAUUUCUAAAAACCUGUUUUUUUUUUUUUUUUUUUGCGUCGUCUUUAUGGGGUAUUGUGUGUAGAUUGCUGAGGAUUUGUUUAUUUAAUCCAUUUUAAAAAGUCAAGGGGUCUGAAUACUUUUCAAAGGCACUGUAUGUAAGGAUUUCAUAACACAGGGUUUCCCAAACUCGGUCCUCUGGGGCCCCAAGUGGUGCCCAUUUUGGUUUGUACCCUAGUACUUCACAGCUGAUUCAACUAAUCAUAAAGAUUUGAUAUUUUGAAUAAGCUGUAUAGUGUUACGGCAAAACAAAUCUUGCACCCCAUGGGGUCCUGAGGAAUGAGUUUAGGAAACGUUGCCAUAACACCUUCAUACCUGUACAUAGACAUCUACGUCUUGCUCAUUUUAUUUUGCAUUGCGAGAAGUAUUUGUAGUGAUAUUUUAUUAAAUUCAUGCGGUGUUGUCCUUAAAACACUUUUUUUUAAUGUCUCUCUAUGCAUGCAUCUGGAUCAUCAUGAUCUGCCAGAGGCUUCUCUUCCUAGUAAAGUUGCAAAGUUCCAGAAAUCCUGGUUGAAAGAUUCCCAGAAUCUAUUUUUUUUCUGGAAAACCAGGGAAGUUUGGGACUUGUGUUUUUGUAGUUACAACUCUCCUGAAAUGAACAGCUUUUUACGUGUCACAAAAUGUUAGGCUUGGUCUUUGUAGACCUUGACUAUACUAUGACCUUAGUGUUUUGUUUUGGUUGCACAUUUGCACCUUGAAACAGUAUUUUUUGAUAUAUAUAUAUAAUAUAGAUGGCACGGUAUCCUUUGGACUAUCAACUGGAUGAUGGAACUGUUUACAGAAUUGAUUGUAAAAUUAUUUUGCAAAAAUGCGUACGUAACUAAAUCAUAGGAAUGCAUUUUGUUCACUUAAUUUGUGCCUAAAUUCAAGUGGAUCAAUUUAUAUAUAUAUUAAUUGAAUAGUAUGUAUUUUUUUGUUGUAAUGACUAUAUUUUACAUGACUAUAUUUUACAUGUGAAAUGACCCUCUACAAAUACAAUGCAUAGCUACUAUA